AUGAAUGAUGAAAUUCAUAAAAAAAUAUUUUUUUCAGAUAAAGUGGAAAUAAACCUAUUUAUUAGUGAUGGGGCAAGAUAUGUUAGAUAUUACCCAGGAGAAAUACAUAACAGCAAAAACACUGUGCCAACAGUAAAACAUGGAAGAGGAUGUGUUAUGGUCUUUUGGUGUAUAUUAUAUCAAGGUGUUGUUGAACUAAUAUUUAUCGAAAAUACUAUGAAAGGCUGCUUAUAA